AGGCGCGCGACACAACCCAAUCGGUGCAUGUAGAGUGUCCGCUCCCCUGGGCAGCUCACUGGUCCACAGAGCAACGAGGUAGUCCGCUUGGAUUUCACAUGACCCUCACGUCCGACUCUCACCCCUACAUGGAGGUUACCGGGAACCCCUCCGCCAAUAAACACCCCAGCACCACACCUUCAGCCCACCAGGUCGGUUGCCCACUAGUCGGGUCUCCAUUUCCUGGGACUAGACCGGCUGGCCCCUCCGGUAAGGUCCUGCUAGCCUAUCAAAGCGCCACCCAGCAUCUAAGCUCCUCUGGGUUGAAAGCCGGCAUGGGGCUCCUCAAGAUGGCAACUUCUCAGUGGAAGCACCAGGAGAAGAAAGCGAGGGUGACGUUGUCUUCAAGCUCAGGCUGCCGCCAACUGAACACCUCCGGCGGGCAUCCGUGCAAGAAGUCCCCGCUGGACCAGCUGACCGCUCUGGUGCUUCAGGGCCAGACCAGGCUGCGUGAACUCGGACAAGGACAGCGCCGGGAGUUGCCUUGCUACACCAAGCCACAGAACUCUAAACGGAUGGUGGUUCUUGGAGCGCCUCGGGUCGGUAAGACCUCUAUUCUUCGCCGCUACCUCCGGGACGGCUUUGCCGAGGAGUACGAGCCCACUUCGGAAGACUUCCUCCGAAAACUCUUCCACAUCCGCGGAGAGACUUACCAGAUCGACGUCCUGGACGCGUCCGGGGAGAGGAGCUUCCCCGCCAAGCGGAGACUUUCCAUCCUUACCGGUGACAUAUUUCUGCUUGUCUUCAGUCUGGACGACCGGAGCUCCUUCGAAGAGGUGUGCGCCCUACGCGAGGAGAUCGUCGUGGCCAAAACCAAGCUCCUGAAGUCAGUUGUACCGGGUCAGACAGCGCGGGUGCCCAUGGUGAUCUGCGCUAACAAGGUGGACCUGCCCCCGGCAAAGAGGCUCAUAUCUCGGGCUGAGGUGCUAGAAGUUUUCGGUGAGACCUGCGCCUACUUCGAGACAUCUGCUAAAGACAGCACUAAUCUGGAGGAUGUAUUCGAGACCCUGGCUAAGAAAGGCGGGUUGCCUACAGAAACCGGACCAUCGCAGCACCGUAAAGUCUCCAUCCGGUCGUACCAGGCGAUAAGGACUGGUGGGAUGACCGACAGAGAGAGCCAGGCUCCCGGUUCUGAGAUUCCGUGCGGGGCGCUGUAUCCGCUGGCGCGGAGACCGAGUUUUAACACCGAUCUACGUAAAGUCCUCGGCCCUGGCUUGGACAGGAAGACUAGCAGGCCGUUGGAAAAGUGUCAAAUUCAAUGAAUCACUAAAACAUUUUGAUGGAAACUGUAGGCUAGACCAAAACGUGUGUUUGGGUGUGAAACAGUAUAGGCAAAUGAUGGAAGCGCUGAAGGCUGUAGUGUUUUCGGAGAGAUGGCUAAUUUAGGCAAAUUGUGAGUGAUGUUGGUGCACUCGAUUCUUAAGAAGCGUGUUUUGCAUAUAACCUAUGUGG